AUGUCCGAGCUGCGCUUCGAUAACCAGACCGUUGUGGUCACCGGUGCCGGCGGUGGCUUGGGCAAGGCAUACGCGACCUUCUUCGCCUCAAGAGGAGCCAAUGUCGUUGUGAACGAUCUAGGAGGCUCCCAUGUCGGUGAGGGCAAGUCGACCAAGGCUGCCGAUGUCGUCGUGGAAGAGAUUCGAAAGGCCGGCGGCAAGGCCGUCGCCAACUACGACAGUGUUGAGAACGGCGAGGCCAUCAUUGACACAGCUAUCAAGAACUUUGGCCGGAUUGAUAUUCUAAUCAACAACGCCGGUAUCUUGCGUGACAUCUCCUUUAAGAACAUGAAGGACCAGGACUGGGACCUCAUCAACAAGGUUCAUGUCUACGGCGCUUACAAGGUGGGAACCCUAACAUAUCAUAUGCCGAUUCAGUGCGCUCGAGCAGCAUGGCCUCACUUCCGGAAACAAAAGUUCGGCCGUAUCAUCAACACGGCCUCUGCGGCAGGAUUGUACGGAAGUUUCGGACAGACCAACUACUCUGCCGCCAAACUCAGCCAGGUUGGUUUCACGGAGACACUCGCCAAGGAGGGUGCCAAAUACAACAUCCUCGCUAAUGUGAUUGCACCCAUUGCUGCAAGUCGUAUGACGGCAACGGUCAUGCCGCCCGAUGUACUGGAGCACUUGAAGCCCGAGUGGGUGGUUCCCCUCGUGGCCGUUCUGGUUCACCCGUCCAACACACAAGAGACGGGCAGCAUCUUCGAGGUCGGCGGUGGCCACAUCGCCAAGCUGCGGUGGGAGCGUGCUAAGGGCGCUCUACUCAAGACUGACGAGUCCUUGACGCCGCAAGCCAUUCUGAGCAAGUGGAACGACGUUAAUGAUUUCUCGAAGCCCAGCUAUCCCUCAGGUCCGGCUGACUUCAUGAGCCUGUUGGAGGAGGGCCAGCAGUUGCCCAGUGCCCCUGCGGCGCCCAAUCUUGACUUCAAGGGCAAAGUGGCUUUGGUCACUGGUGGUGGUAACGGUCUUGGUCGGUCGUACUGUCUGUUGUUCGCCAAGCUGGGAGCCUCCGUCGUCGUCAACGAUCUUGUCGACCCGGAGCCCGUCGUGCAGGAAAUCAAGAAAUUGGGCGGCACGGCUGUUGGCAACAAGGCCUCGGUGGAAGAUGGAGAGGCAGUUGUCAAGGCUGCUAUCGACGCUUUCGGACGGAUUGACAUUGUCAUCAACAAUGCCGGCAUCCUGCGUGACAAAGCCUUCACCAACAUGGACGACAGCCUCUGGAACCCGGUGAUCGACGUUCACCUGCGAGGCACCUACAAGGUCACCAAGGCUGCUUGGCCAUACUUCCUGAAACAGAAGUAUGGCCGUGUCGUCAACACGACCAGUACUAGUGGUAUUUAUGGGAACUUCGGCCAGGCCAACUAUGCGGCAGCUAAACUUGGUAUUCUCGGGUUCUCUCGCGCUCUCGCUUUGGAAGGCGCCAAAUACAACAUCAAAGUCAACACUAUCGCUCCGAACGCUGGUACGAACAUGACCCGGACCAUCUUGCCCGAGGAGAUGGUCCAGGCCUUCAAGCCUGAUUAUGUUGCUCCUCUGGUGGUCUUGCUCUCCUCGGAUGCCGUUCCGGAACCGGGCACCAAGGGUCUGUACGAAUGUGGAAGCGGAUGGUUCGCCAGAACGCGGUUCCAGCGGAGUGGAGGCCACAGCUUCCCAGUCGACGUCCCGUUGACACCGGAGGCCGUGCUUGCAGAGUGGAAGAACAUUGUCAACUUCGACGAUGGCCGCGCGGAUCACCCUGAAGACAGCCAGGCCGGUCUGGAACGGAUCAUGGCGAAUAUUAAUAACCGUUCAGGUGGCAAGAAGGAAGACAAGGCAGCGGCCAAUGCAGACCAGGGUAUCCUGAGCAACAUCGAGAAGGCCAAGAAGAUGACGAGUCAAGGCACUCCAUUCGAGUACACUGAUCGGGAUGUAAUCCUCUACAACAUUAGUUUGGGUGCUAAGCGGACUGAUCUUCCUCUCGUCUACGAGAACAACGAGAACUUCCAGGCUCUCCCGACAUUUGGUGUGAUCCCGUGGUUCAACACCCAGACCCCCUGGAACAUGGAGGACAUUGUUGCCAACUUCUCGCCUAUGAUGCUGCUCCACGGUGAGCAGUACCUUGAGAUUCGCAAAUACCCUAUCCCCACGGCGGCGAAGACCAUCAACAUCCCCAAGUUGGUGGACGUCAUUGACAAGGGCAAUGCCGCGAUCGUCGUGGCUGGGUACACCACCAAGGAUUCGAAGACGGGCGAGGAUCUCUUCUACAACGAAUCCUCUGUCUUCAUCCGUGGUAGCGGCGGCUUUGGCGGUUCUCCCAAGCCGACUGCUGCUCGACCCAAGGCCGCCGUGGCGGCCUACAAGCCUCCGCAGAGGAAGCCGGAUGUUGUGGUCGAGGAGAAGACGUCCGAAGACCAGGCUGCGCUGUACCGGCUCAACGGCGACCGGAACCCGCUGCACAUCGACCCUGAGUUCAGCAAAGUGGGCGGAUUCAAGAUCCCCAUCCUGCACGGUCUGUGCUCCCUGGGUAUCUCCGGCAAGCACAUCUUCCAGAAAUACGGCCCCUUCAAAAACAUUAAAGUGCGCUUCGCGGGCGUCGUCCUGCCGGGUCAGACGCUGAAGACGGAAAUGUGGAAGGAAGGGAACGUGGUCAUCUUCCAGACCGUCGUGGCCGAGACGGGCAAGCUGGCCAUUUCGGGCGCUGGUGCGGAACUGCUUGAGGGAGCAAAGGCGAAGUUGUAA